UACCCUUUGGACCACCAGCAGGCUCAAAAGGACGGCAUUAUCCCUCUGGGUCCCAACCAGACCGUACCGCCCAAGAGACGCGGCGUCGAUGUCUAUGACUGGGAAGUCUUGUUCUACGCAUGAGCAGCUCGCAAUCCUUCAACGGUAACCGCAUGGACUUGUCAAUACAUAGCAUAUGUUCCGCGUUGCCUUGCGCUGCGUUGGAGCGCGUAGCAGCGUCGACCCAGCUCAUGCGAGCUUUUCUGCCUGCGUGGUCUUCGGCGAACAAGAGACGAUGCCUGAGUGAUGCUGAACGCUCGAGUAGGCGUCCCGCUUUCCGAAGGGAUACUCUAGUGCCCAUGUGCCAAAAGAGCGGGUUGCCAGUCUGCGCUGUUGCGCGACUAUUGUGCUCCGGUCUGUCAGCAUCAAUGGCGGCAUUUCAGGUUCUCGCUGACCUAUCGACAACCUCGUGCAGCUCUGCCUCUCCCUUCCCUCCCUUUUGCAUGGCAGCCUCUGGUCGGAAUUGCCGAAAGUUGAGGUGAAGAAGCGCGAAGGGUGAGUGAGGCGUGCGUGCGUGCGUGAAGGAGGGCUGGCAGGGGAUUUGUCCAGCGCGGAUGGAAAUCGCCAUCGCGAAUAUAUAGACACGG